CAUAUCAUUCGCUGCCAGGCUACCAUCUUGCCCAACCCGCCGGCUCCCUCUCCCAUCAGGCAGCUCUUCACGAGUCUCCGACGCUGCUGGAGAGAGAGGGGGCCCCGCCAUGCCCUAGGUCGCUCCAUCGAUCUAUCGAACGAGAAUCGGAGCAUAUGUCGUCCACAUUGGCUGGUUCUUCCUCGGAUGACACCCGUCAGGCAGAGGACCACGGGACGUUUGACAGGAAACGGCCUCGCUCCGACGAUGACUCUGCAUCUUCCGACGCUCCUGAUCCUGUGCGUCCCCGGCCUCUUUCCUGGCAUCCAUCGGCUCCUGUGGAACCCUCGAUCAAAUCCACCCAGCUUCGUUCCAUCGGAGUGGAGUCCAUCUUAAAUCCGCCUUCAAAAGCUGCGAUCGUGGCCGCAGAAAACGGUCGGGAAGGUUUGACGUCCCAGUUACCGACGGCAUCCUCGUCUCAUGCCCGUCUGCCCUCCUCCCCUUCCGUCCAUCUCCCUUCUCCGUCCCUUCAUCCAGCGAAACGCCUAUCGUCGUCUCCCGCCAUGAGGAGUCAUCAGGCUAUCGCGCCCGCCUCCCCUUCCGCGCGCUUCGUCGCGGCGGGCGGAUACCCUCAGAAGCCGGGGGUGUCACAGUCUCCACUGGCCCAUGCAUCGCGGCUAGCCUCCUCCUAUUCUACCGCUCCUGGGUCUCCUCUGGCCAUCGAUCCGGUCUCUGGGCAGCCAAUCCCGACCUCCACCCAUCCAGCUGCGGCUCCAAUCUCCCUCCAUUCGACCCCAACUUUCCACAGCCGUCGGACCAGUGCCAAUCCUACUCCGGCCCCGAGCUCCCAGGAAACGAGCCCCACGACUCCAGUUUCUGCGUACAGUCAGCUCGGGCGGUCUUCUCCCGCCGUUACUGCCACGCCCCUGACCCAACCUACACCCUCAUUCCUCGGUGCAUCUCCCUAUGGAACCGGGGAACCCGUCACUCGAUUGCCGUCCGUCAUGGCAGGACCUAGGCAUACGGGGGAAGAGGCGGCUGCGGUGGGGGGACCCCCCGAGAAUCCCCCUUACCCGGGGAUGAUUCCCUGUAUUCUCGAUUUGAAGUCCGGAUCGUCCAGCCAGGCCGAGAAGCGAAAGGCCAACAGUGAUGCAUCCCGGAGGUUUCGAAACCGGAAGCGAAAUGAAAUGCAGUUGGAGCAGAAGAUCGCGGGACAGCAGGAUGAGAUCCGGAAGCACACCGAAGCGUUGCAGCGACAGGCCCAAGAGAUCCGAUCUCUGAUCGAGGAACGAGAUUUCUACCGUUCCGAGAGAGAUUUCUUUCGCGACCAUGUCACUCGUUUGGUGCCUGCAGGCCAGCUGCCCACCCGGCCCGCGUCUCCCCGGGCCCUACGUUUUGAGAGUGCUUCUGAGCGGGAAACAUCAUGGCACGCGUCCGAAGCUGGCAAGGUUGAGACCACCUCUGGACCAGGCAGCAAGCUGGCUCCGGCGCCAGCGAACCUGAUGGCCCGGUCGUCGACGAGGCCGCCCGUGACCUGGUCGACGACGCCCACCGCGUAUCCGGCCACCCAUGUUGAGCGGAAGGUCCUGCCUGAGGAGAAGUCGGCACGAUCACUGCCUCAGUUUCCUGGACAAUGGGCGCGGAGCUCAUAACGAAGGUUAACGAUGACACGGGAACAUACCUAUGAUGGUGCUUGCGGCGGCUCGCGGGGAGGGCUUGAUGCGUGAAGUCAUAAAAGUUCCUAAACGGCUGGUUUAAUAUCUUACGGAGGUGACCUCGUCUUAAGCAUUGAUGG